AUGAGUCUUCUUAUGAUUAGUGAGAAUGUAAAGUUGGCCCGUGAAUAUGCAUUGCUGGGAAAUUACGACUCUGCAAUGGUCUAUUAUCAGGGAGUUCCUGACCAAAUGAACAAGUAUCUGUACUCAGUCAAAGAUACAUACCUCCAGCAGAAAUGGCAACAGGUUUGGCAGGAAAUAAAUGUGGAAGCAAAACAUGUUAAGGAUAUCAUGAAAACACUAGAGAGCUUUAAACUAGAGAGCACUCCAUUAAAAGCCGCACAACAUGAGCUUCCAGCGUCUGAGGGAGAAGUCUGGUCCUUGCCCGUACCUGCUGAACGAAGACCAUCACCAGGACCUAGAAAACGCCAGUCUUCUCAGUACAGCGACCCUAAACCACAGGGUAACUGUCCAAGUACAGCUGUCAGAGUUCACCAUCCAUCCACACACAGUCUUCACAGUGACAGAGGGAAAGCUGUUCGUAGUCGGGAAAAGAAAGAACAGAAUAAAGGAAGAGAAGAAAAGAACAAAUCACCUGCUGCAGCUACAGAACCAGAGACAAAUAAAUUUGAUAGUACUGGGUAUGAUAAGGACUUAGUAGAAGCUUUGGAAAGGGAUAUAAUUUCUCAGAAUCCCAAUGUUCGAUGGGAUGAUAUUGCUGAUUUAGUAGAAGCUAAAAAGUUGCUUAAGGAAGCUGUGGUGUUACCAAUGUGGAUGCCAGAAUUCUUUAAAGGCAUUAGGAGACCAUGGAAAGGAAUGUUAAUGGUGGGCCCACCUGGCACAGGAAAGACCCUCCUUGCUAAGGCAAUAGCAACGGAAUGUAAGACAACAUUCUUCAAUGUCUCUUCAUCAACUCUGACUUCCAAAUACAGGGGAGAGUCUGAGAAGCUUGUUCAUCUUCUGUUCGAAAUGGCUCAAUUUUACUCUCCAGCUACUAUAUUUAUUGAUGAGAUAGACUCCAUUUUCAGCUGCAGAGGGACUUCUGAAGAGCAUGAGGCAAGCAGAAGGGUGAAGGCUGAGCUGCUGGUUCAGAUGGAUGGUGUUGGAGGUGCUUCUGAAAAUGAUGACCCUUCCAAAAUGGUUAUGGUUCUGGCAGCUACUAAUUUUCCCUGGGAUAUUGAUGAGGCUUUAAGACGACGUCUUGAGAAAAGAAUCUAUAUUCCAUUACCAUCAGCAAAAGGCAGGGAGGAGCUAUUACGAAUAAGUCUCCGUGAGCUGGAAUUGGCUGAUGAUGUUGACCUUGCGAGUAUAGCAGAAAACAUGGAGGGCUAUUCAGGUGCGGACAUUACCAGCGUGUGCAGGGAUGCAUCCUUGAUGGCGAUGAGAAGGCGUAUUGAAGGUUUGACCCCAGAAGAAAUCAGAAAUCUUUCAAGAGAAGAAAUGCAUAUGCCUACAACUAUGGAGGAUUUUGAAAUGGCUUUAAAAAAGGUUUCAAAGUCAGUAUCUGCUGCAGACAUUGAAAGAUAUGAGAAAUGGAUAUUUGAGUUUGGAUCAUGCUAA